CCGGCUUCUUGGGUUUGAGGGAGCAGGUUUUGUGAGGGGAAACAUGUGGGAUGGAGAGCCGGACGUUCUUCCGAGCCCCAGCAGGGUGUAGCACAGUAACACCUCUGCUGAAAUGAAAUGGACGCUUGAUUUCAGCUUCUCCUCCUUGCUUUUCAGGUGAAGAGUAAACGUCUCCCGGCCCUCCGCAGCGCUUGGUGGCCACCGGGAUUUACAGCUUGAGCCCGCGGUGACUCUCACGUCCCGGAGAGACGUCGGUUUGCGAGGCUGUUUAUAACACGCAGGACUCGGUGUGCGCCGUGAAUUCAAAUUUUAAAAAACGUCCUGCAGCUAGAAGAAUAUAAUUAUCGUUGUUGCCCCAGUUGUUGAUGGUUGAUCAUUGAUGCAAUCUGCCAAAAGGGUUUUUUUGCAGCCUGCAGCUGUUAGCAAUUAGGAUGUCAACUCCUGCAGCAUGGGAGCUGACAUUUUAUUGAGAUUACAUGUUUGCUGUGUUUUGUGUGAGGCUGCUUCACCAAAACCAUAUGGCCUCAGCUUCAUAGCUGCACCCUGCAGAAGCAUUUCUGAAAUGUGAAACUUAAGGGAUUGUUCUUUGCAUCGUGAGCAUCGUGGCAGCAGAGGGCCGCUCCUAAGACGCACCGCGUGACAAUAUAUCUGCAUCUUUCGACAUACAAGCUAUUAUUACCCUUCCCGUCAGCACGACGUAGUUAAUGUUGCAUGAACACGGCUGAGUGUGCAUGAAUAAUAUCAAGAGGAGGAUAAAUGUGUCUCUUUUUAUUCUUCCUCCACAUCCAAAAGAACCAUAAAUUAUAACCUGCCUCCUGUAAAGAAAAAUAUAUCCUCAGCUAGCCUAGCUUAGCACGAAGACUGGAAACCCUCUAUUGUCGCCUCACUUUUAACUAAAAAAAGAGACGAUUGUUUCUGCUUGUUGUAGACAAAGAAAAUCACUUAUGGUAAAAUCGGUCUUUCACAGCAGGACGUCUCAACUGCACAUGUUGUUGUUUUCCCGUCACACUGAACUGUGCACGGAAAAAUAAACUCAGACUCUCUGCCUGCAGUUGCUCUGUGCCGGUUUCCUUAACAACAGAGGGAAAGAACCCUCAACCCCCCCCCAACACACACACACACACACACACACACACACACACUGCUCCCCCCCCCCUCGUCCCUCCAGCUUGCCCUUUUUAGGCUGUUCCUCUUUUUUUUCCAUCUGAAAGGGGGGGAUAGUAUGACAGCUCUGCCUGCUGCUUGUGGGUGGGAGUCGGGAGAGAGAGAGAGAGAGAGAGGGAGAACUCUGUUACUCACCCAGUCUCCAACUUUGAGAGGAAGUUACCACCUCUUCCCCAGACUUUGUACACACACACACACACACACACACACACGCUCAUCUGGGUUUUAGCAGAGCAGCAGCAGGGAAUCGACCGGAGCAGAACAGGACUGCUUGUGAUGCUCUGCUUCUUCCUGAAUUUGGAGGGAAAGAAGGUUCCGCCCGAAGCCGUCUCUGUGGACCGAACCGUUUCAGGGGGACGUUUCUUUUCAUCACGGACCGCGGCGGCCAAACGAACGCUUUAGCCUGAGGACCGAAGAUCGCCGCGGGCCCUGCUCCAGCAGCGAGGCAGAGGAGGACAGAGGUCCUUUUGCUUCCAUUAUCUAACUCCUCUCACGGCGAGAGCUCCAUCUGAGGACCCUGCUCCAAAAGCCUGGUUUUGUGGUGGGAGGAAAUUCAAAGGUCGCCAUGGACGUGAAGAAAAAGGAGAUGGACCUCCUGAGCAACAGCAUAGCGGCAUACGCGCACAUCAGAGCGAACCCGGAGAGCUUGGGCCUUUACUUCGUGCUGGGCGUCUGCUUCGGCCUGGUGCUGACGCUCUGCCUCCUCGUCAUCCGCAUCUCCUGCAAGCCGCGGGCCGAGCUGGCCGCCGCCACGCCGGAGAAGAAGCACCGCAAGGACGCCAGCGAGGAGGACGACGAGGAGAGCGAGGAGGACGAGGGCGAGGACGGCGAGGACGACGUGGAGGCGCCGGCCCCACCGCCCAGCACGGAAAUCCCCGUAUCAAACGGGACGCUGAGCGUCAACGUGUUCACCUCGGCCGAGGAGCUGGAGCGGGCUCAGCGGCUGGAGGAGCGGGAGCGGAUCAUCCGCGAGAUCUGGAGGAACGGCCAGCCCGACGUGCUGGGCUCGGGGACGGGCACCAUCGGGAGAGUGCAUUACUACUGAGAGACGCAAGGCUUCGAGGGGGGGGGACAGACGUAGACAUCGGGACGGGGGGGGCGUGUCCCCCGAAGCCUGUGAGACUCAGAUACAAGGCAGCGUCGUGGAGACGGGACAGCGGCGGUGGGACACUUUGAGAUAUUUACGCACUUCCCGCGUAGCGAUGCUUUUUUUUUUUUUUUUUUUUACUGGACACGUGAAAUAUAAAGAGGUGUCUUGAAGACUGAUUGGUCCAUGUGGACAAGAUGCAGUAUGAAUGUGGGCGCUGACGGGACACUCGAAGUGAUCCGUCUGUUCAAAUGUACGGUGCUUAAUGACGGUCGAGCUUUGUUAGAAGCGGAAAAUGAAAGCAUAUGUUAGGACAAUGUACUGUAUGUAUGUUGCAAUGAAGAAUCUUUUGUUUGCAGCGAGGACAAUGUCCUCUUGGGAAGGGAAACACUCUCAGGAGUUGGGAAAAAGGAAGGAAGUUACACACAAACAUAUUAAUCAAUGUGGGGAGUCAAAUUCCGCAAUUUGACGGAAAGAAAAUAACGAUUGGUAACUUUAAUUUAUGAGGGAAAUCAAAUCCAUGUUGUUGGUUUCAGGGUUAAUUCCACCAAAGGAAAUGACAGGAUUAAACUAUUAUGCUCAUUAGAUCCUUUGCUGUUGUUUCUCUUCGUAUUGCUUCGGGCCAUUGAUCUAUAAUCAAGGCUUAAAGUUGAGCGUUGGUGAACCAUUUUUUUUUACAGACAUGCACGGCCCCCAAAAGGCAAAUCCUGCAGACAUCCCCAUGGCAACCAAGAGAUCCCCCCGGCAACCAAGUCCAACCUGAUGAAAUUCAGAUAUUUAGGGAUCCAAGAUAAUACUUUUUUUUUUUAUGGACUUUCUGGACUUCCUGACAGGGAAUCUUUUUUAUUUUUCACAUAAACAGAGAUUGGCCCACACGUUCAUGCAUUUGGAAUGAUCCUUUUCAUUUGACAGGACGCAAAUAAGAUGCACAUGUGAUGAGAGAGGCGACAUGUCCGUGUUAUGAAACAAUACAUCAGUAAAAGGAAGCGAGCAUCAGCUCCAGCAAGUCACACUUCUGAACCGCAUCACAUCGUGUGAAGCAUCUCUGCAAAGGCACAGACGUUCCUUUAUGUGAAUUCAGACACCAGCCUUUACAGAAAACACCACCGUAGAGCGAUCUUUCACAUUUGGCCACUGAUUUAAUUGAUCACGUUUGAUUAUCGUGGCCAAAUUUAAACUUGAAUAUAAAAGUGCACUAGCUUUGGGGUUAUAGUUCCCCUUAAAAAUGUUUUCUUUAAUAUGCUGCAGAUUUAUCGCCCACGUCCCGUGAGGUCAUGAAAAUAAACCUUUCUGCAUUUCCCA